AUCUCCGUUAACCACUUCAGUGGCUGAGCUCAGUUCGCAGCUCCGGUGGUCCACGACCGUUGGCUAAAAGAUAAGAACAAUAACGGUAUUAACUGAAAGUUAUUCGGGCCGGUUCUCGACGAGGCCCAAGCCCGCAUACAUUCGGCUGGGAAGAAAGAGAAGUCUGUUACCGAAUCGAUGCAGAAGGAAUUAAAUUGAAAGUUUCUUCUUCGCAUUCGCGUUUCCUGCCGGGAAGAUCCUUACUUCCCUCUUCUCUGUACUGUCGUUUCGUCUCCUUCUGCGAGCUUCAGACACUCGCAGUUUCGGCCGAGCUCUGCCUUGCCGCUCCUUCAAGCUUCGGUCUUUGUUGCCGGUCUGAACUUUUUCCCGGUAGCUGAGUAUCGGCUCUUCUGAAGAUCAUCGCAAAAGCCAUCAGUCAUGGAUGUCGAUUCACAGCCAACCAUGGAGGAGACCAUAUUGGUCGGAGACGAUCUGAUGAUGGGACCUCCCUCCCCUCUCAUCCCUCCCGAAAUAGCCUCUCAUGUGCUUGAAGGCGUCGACUUAUGUGAUGGGAUUUUAAGGAAUCUAUUUUUGUGUUUGCAAAUAAAUGAUAUCGAGCCAUUCUGUCAAGAUGAGAUUGUUUUGUACCGACAAUGUGCUGAGAAGAGGGAUAAGGAGCUGAGACAACGUCUCCAAGAGAGUGAGCGCAAGUUGGGAUUGUCAAUGCCAUUGAAUGAGGCUAGCGACAGAGCCUCUCAGCUUCAAGCCGAAGUGACCUCUCUUGAGAGGCGAUUGAUUCUUGCCAGUGGAAUUGAAGGGAUGGAGGGAUUUCGGCAGAGAUGGAGUUUGCAUGGUCGCCUUACAGAUACCAAGCAAAGAUUGGGGUCUCUGAAGGACGGAAUUGAAAAUAGAAAGAAGGAUGAGCCAGUCAGAGUAAACAAAGCAAACUCGAAAAGAUGGUUCUUUUGGUGAACUGUUUCUGCAGCCUGCAGUGCAAACGGUGCCUGUUCUUGGAGGGCUAUAGUAGAAGCCUGUCAGAUAAAGUUGCCGAGCUUUUACAGAAGUUCGCCAAUAGUCUUGUGUCCGGGACCAUCUGAAGACACGCAAUGGUAGAUUGUCAUGCGAAUACGGAUGGAACUGCAUGAAAUAUAUUCUUCCUCUUCCAUCUCUCAUAUAUGAUGAAAUGCUUCGUAAUAUUUAUCAUAUUCCCCAUAUUCAAUGGCUCCUGCCCAUUGAAUAUGGGGAUUCAAAUGGGAUUCAUAUUCACGUGAUCCUUGACAUUUGGUGUUUCUGUUCC